GAGCGGAGGAAAGCAAUACACCAUCAAUCAUUUUAAAAGCUCAAUAUAUAGAAGUGUCGAUGUUUUUCCAAUUAUAAUAUUUUAAGUGUUUGAAUCAGUAUCGUUUAUAUUUGCAUUUUGUGUUAUUUAUUUAAGUCAUGCAGCUCACAUAUUUGAAAGUAUUAGUUUACACUGUUGUUUGUGCUACUGUUUCCGCGAGAUUUUUUCGAAGGACCCAACCCCCACCCCCUCCGCCACCCCCUAGCACUCUCUGUAGAUGUCCCGGUACCUCCGAACCAGUGUGUGGAAAUGACGGCAACACGUACAAAAAUACGUGUGAAUUAAGCUGUAAACCAUUUGUGUACAAGAUUCACGACGGCCCAUGUUCGCAAGGUACAUGGCAACAAGUUUCCAGACGCUGCUAUUGUGCGGAGACCUACGAACCCGUCUGUGGAAAGAACGGGAAGAACUAUGAUAAUGAAUGUCAAGCGAAAUGUGUAGGUGUAUCAGUAUCACACGCAGGGAAAUGUCAGGUUAAAAUAUGCCGCUGUAUCGCAACAUAUGCCCCAAUUUGUGCAAAAGACGGGAAAACAUAUUCCAGCAGAUGUAGUGCUGAAUGCGAAUAUGGAGUUGAAGUUUUACACCAAGGGCCAUGUCGAGCACAGUGUACCUGCUCGGCUUACUAUUCUCCUAUCUGUGGCUCUGAUAAUAAAACCUAUAUAAACCAGUGUGAAGCAGACUGUGCAAAGGUACAAAAGAAGUACACAGGAGUUUGUAGAAAGACCUGCACAUGUCCACACACCUAUGAUCCGGUGUGUGGCUCAGACGGGGAGACGUAUGACAACCUCUGCAAUGCCAAGUGCGCUGGCGUUAACAUAGAAUCUAAAGGAGCGUGUCCAGACUCCUGUGAUUGUCCUUAUCAGUACAAACCGGUGUGUGGUAGAGACGGCAAGACCUAUGGAACACAAUGUGUUGCAGACUGUUUCAAAGUUGAAGUUGUGUCCGACGGAGAAUGUCCCUCUUCAGUUUAUAAUGCCUAAAAGCCGACAAAAGGCACAGUCAAAUUCAGAAAAAGUGGGUGUCAAAAAAAGAGUUCUUGUUGAAUCAUAAAUACCAUGUUUUUUGUUUUGUUUGUAAAUAAAUGCGGGUUGACUCUUA